GCGGCUUUGAGAAAGCUAUGGCAAGUAGCUAUCUAGAAUGACUAACAACGUGUACAGCAUAGAGUGCAUUCUUACAGGAUAGAAAAAUGGAUGAGAUAAAAAAAGUCAUCUAGUGCUAUGCGUAUCAAUCAGAUUAAACUCUCAACAGACAUCACGCUUUACUGGCAAAAGGGGCUAAAUUGACAGUGAAUUGAUCUUCAUUCUAGAGAAAUCCAGGGGCAUGCCGUCUAUAGGGGACCUACGCGAGUGGAUUCGAGUGUACUAGAUGCAACAUCAUUACUAUGUUUCUAACAAAAUUCCUGCAAAGUUCGCGAGCUCCAAAAGGUGAACCGCCAGUGUUGGUCCAAAACGCUUGGAAGAGUAUUGUACAAUAUUAUGAGACAACACAAGAUCCUCUCAAUGAUCUCAUGGCCAGCACCUGUAUUCCAACAAAGCUGCAAAGAAUGGCAACUUUGCUUUGUGAGGAAAUAGAUACAUCAGGUCCAAAUGCCUGCUUUCAGUAUAUUGUCGAAAAUCGUAUUUUGGAAGAGUUGGCAGAAUUUGCCAAAGCCGAUACACCGUAUGGCAUGCGGACACAUUGUCUUCGUUUUUUUUCAACAUUUAUAAUAAAUGUGCCGGCCAGCGAAUUACACACUCGCAGCAUUUGUAUUCCGCUCCAAAAGCUGAUUCAAUCGACACAUAGAGUAAUAGCCCAUCAUUACAACCAAUUGGCAGACUCCAAAACAGAUACAGGUGAAUCUUCGGUCGAGCGACGAAACGCCAUAGCCGAAGUGUCUCUUGAAUUGGUAGGAUUACUUAGAUCCGUCAUAUCUCGGCUACGUGAUAGUAAAGCUAUGAUGGACAUACUAUUUGAGCGUGGAUGGUGCAGCGGUCUUGGGGAAAAGGUUUGGAAAGAGAAAUCGACAGAGGACAACCGUAUCCAGCGUCGAAAUUUAACGGCACCAGACAAGUUAGCUUGGAACGUAUUUAUUCAGCCUCGCUUCACUAUGUUUUCAAUGCUAUUGGAUUUUAUCAAUACUCCUGGGGAAACAAGUGAAAUCGCACGUGAAGCAGUUCUCUUUGCUCUGAGAAUGGUGGAUAACGACCCUGAGUACCUAUGCUAUAUUGUGGAAUACUCUGGAUUUGCAGAGACACUCGCAGAUAGACUUGCAAUGAUGUUUGCGACAACGUUGGAUGAUUCUUCUGCAUUCAAAUGGACUCCGAAUACGAAACUCAGUUUCCGAUACCCACCAAAAUACCCAGUCCAAUCGUGCACACCACUGGUUUUCAAUGAUGUCUCCAUAUACCCUUCUUUAAAUGCUCCUUGUUCAGGAAAGCGUAGGAAGCGUCAAUAUAGCACAUUUGACAUACAUUUCUGGAAAUUAUUGACAAGUCAACAGAACCAAGAGGCUAUAACGGACGAGUUCUUUGCCCUGUGGGAAUACUUAAAUGAUGUUAUGCGACGUUCAAGUCCCAUUCUUAGUGCAUCCAUUGGUUUUCAUUUAUACACUCAUUUCUGGCAGCCAGUUCUGACUUCGACCUUAUGUUCCUCCAAACAAGAGAUCACUCAUAUCACCACAGUCAGAAUAACGGAAAUGGUUCGGUCUCUAAAAGAUCGAAGCUUACAGCAUUUGUUCAUGCUGUUUUUGCUUGGAGAGCAUGGUGGAGAUACUCUUGAUUUGCUCCCAGAAUCCACACCAUCUACCAUUGCAGUCAUAGGAAAUGAGGGCAAUGGCGACAUCGACCUGAGUUCACAUUCAAGUAAUCUGAGGAUAACACUUCGACAGGUUCUGAUCAAUCGCAUCACAGAUUCAGACGAAUCGCUAUCAGUGGUCACUAUCCGAUUGUUUGACACCAUCAUAGAGACGCACAACCAAUUCGUCAUAUGCAACCUGUUGCUCCGAAACUAUUCAGAUGGCAAAACAAAUGAAAAUGACUCUGGAGAUGAUGAUCAAACGACAGAGGAUAGCUGUGAAUUACCUCCUGUAGACAUUAAACAAAAAGCAGAAUGGCUAGUUGGAAGAUUUCUUAGUUUAUUGCCAUGCGAGAAGCAGAUAGAACGUAGAAGUUCGUGUAGUAGUCUAAACCAACAAAGCAUUCGACAGGAAAGAAGUUCUAUAGACCUUCGAAGGAAUACAUUAGCUUCACCUAUACCUAGUGCCUCGUCCAAAGCAAAUAGUACCUUACAGCGGUCGAUCGAUACUCAAUCAGUCUCUUCUACAAGUUCUCUCACCACAUUAGUAGAUGAGGAGGACGACUACUUUCUCGAAGCUAUGGAGCGAUGGAACAUGUCUCAACUUUCUUAUACAUUUUGGAAAGAUAACCAUGUUAUCUUCGAUAGCUUCAAGCAAUCUUGUAAUCAAAAAAGUCCAUCCAGCUGUGGAUACGAAGGAUCAUUCUUAGCAGCAUUAUUCGAUGCAACGAGCAAGAUAUGUGAGACUGGGGUCGCUAAAAGCUUAAUGCUUACCAGACUACUAGGCAAGGUAGCGGUCAUUGCCGACGAACGUGCCGACUGGAUUGUCUGCUGCUGGCAAAACAUUCCUUCUGGAAAUGACGACUUGUCAUAUAAUGAAUAUGACAGUUCUAUCUUUGAACAGAAACCAGAAAGUCGGACAAUUCACGGUGUUCUGGAAAGGGUCACUCUAGAAGCACUUAAACGAGCAAGGACCAUUCCAAAAUUUGAAACGAAACUACGCGUAACAAAAGAAAAGGGAAAGCAUGAAUUGCUUCAAGUUGGAACAUCCUCUGCCGAGCCAGUCAAACAAGAAAGCAACAUAUACAAACAAAUAACAAGAAGAACCAGCUUUACGCAAUUACUGUUCAACUCAGUGGCAAGUCCACCGGUAUCGCCGACACCAUCAGAAUCGACAGCGCCAUCUUCUCCCACAGCUGCAUUCUUUCAAUACCCGCCGCCUCGAGCAAAUUGGACCCCAAUCACUCUAACUAAUCCGUUUGCGAAACUGCCGGAGUUUCUUACAGGAUACAUCAUUUUGCAAGAAUUUUGUAAAGAGAUGGCAGCUACAGUUAUGGUGAAAUACGUGGACGCAAGUGAGCCAGACAUUUUGUGUGAGAGCGAUAAUUUCGGUCCCCUGAAAUGCGUUCAUCCACUAGAUGAAAGUCAAUAGCUUUAUUACAACAUGACGGUAUUUUUGGUUUGAUUACAGAAGCGAUUUACCAGUCUUUUAGUAGUAGACAAUUAAGGUAU